AUGCUCGCCAUUUAUACGAUUCAACCAACCCCCAAAUGUUCCGAUGGUUUCAUAACGAAACAAAAUUUGGCCGGAAUCCCAUCAAGCUUCCUCAAAUUGGCCAACAAGACGGAACUUAUGGAAUAUAUGGUCGAUAUCAGGCGCACUUUGCACCAAAAUUCAGAGCUCGGUUAUGAAGAAUUGGAAACUAGUAAGCUUAUUAGAACUGAACUUGAUAAAAUAGGGAUCGAUUAUAGAUAUCCAGUUGCUGUGACCGGAGUUGUGGGGUUUAUGGGUACCGGAAAACCUCCAUUUGUUGCUAUCAGAGCAGAUAUGGAUGCUCUAGCUAUGCAGGAGGGAGUGGAGUGGGAGCACAAAAGCAAGGUUCCUGGGAAAAUGCAUGCAUGUGGACAUGAUGCUCAUGUUUCAAUGCUUCUUGGUGCUGCAAAGAUGCUUCAACAACAUCGUGACAAGAUACAGGAACCAUAG